AUUGUUGGGAGGAGUUGUUUUUUUUUUUUGGAUAAGGCGAUUGGGUGGGUUGUGUGUUGUGACUCCGCGAGUGGUUAGGACUCCGAUGUGGUCGUCACGCCGAGGUGAUAACGCGCGCGUCUCGAUUUUGCUCGCCUUUUUACCGUCAGGAAGGUCUCGCGUUUGAUUCCGAGAGGGUUCUCGUUCGAUUUUGAUUUCGCGAUUUCAAGCGGGGUGCGGCGAGUUACUGUUUGCAAUCGAAUACGAGACGGUGCGGUCGUGCUGAUCAAUCCGGUGAACUUGUUUCGCUUAAAUUCGCUGAAACUGAGAACCAGCUUGGUUUUAGAGCCAUAUGUAGUUGAUGAAUCAAGUCAACUGUGCUUUUGGUUGGUGUUUGGUUGGGGAUGGGGUUGGCUAGUACAUUAGUAUUACACAUUUUUGCUGCGUUGACGCAUUGGCAUCACAUUUUUUUUAUUGAGACGUGUACAGCUACCACUUUUAAUCCCGACAAUUCUAAAUUUGCGUGAUCUAUAGUUGUUGGUUUUUCCCCUCGACAAAAGAGUAGUCUAAUAAAAGUAUGAGCUACCAAUAUCAAAUUAAUAAUCUGUUUAAUACAUGCCCAGCUACCAAUAUCUGCUUUCUCUCUUGUUUUACAUACUGGACUGUACUGAUCGGUUCUCAGUAAUAGUUACUAUUCACAAUCACAGGGUCGGCGUACUGAUGAUUGUGCUUUUGCAGGACCAAUGGAAAAGUUAUUGCAGAACUAUCUCUCUGCUAGCAUUUCAGAGCUUUGGUGUGGUCUAUGGAGACUUGAGUACAUCACCCCUGUACGUCUACAAAAGUGCAUUUUCUGGGAGGCUGAAUAAUUACCGUGAUGAGACAACCAUAUUUGGAUUGUUUUCGCUGAUAUUUUGGACUUUGACACUUCUUCCGUUGCUGAAGUAUGUAAUAAUUGUAUUGAACGCAGAUGAUAAUGGGGAAGGUGGAACAUUUGCUUUAUACUCACUUCUCUGCAGGCAUGCAAAGUUCAGCCUGCUUCCAAACCAGCAAUCGGCAGACGAAGAGCUUUCAACGUACUAUCAGCCUGGAGUUGGUGGCAUUAUUUCCUCUCCACUCAAAAGAUUCCUGGAGAAGCACAGGAAGCUACGGACUUGUUUACUACUUUUUGUUCUGUUUGGCGCAUGCAUGGUGAUAGGUGAUGGUGUUUUCACACCUGCUAUCUCUGUCUUGUCAGCCAUCUCUGGUUUAAAAGACCCUGGCCCAGGAGGAAUACCAGAUGGUUGGGUGGUGUUCAUUGCAUGUAUUGUGCUUGUUGGCCUGUUUGCACUGCAACACCGAGGAACUCAUAGGGUAGCAUUUAUGUUUGCGCCCAUUGUUGUAGUAUGGCUGUUGAGUAUUGGUGUUAUUGGGCUUUAUAAUAUCAUCCACUGGAACCACAGAAUAUUUCUUGCUCUUUCUCCACAUUAUGUUAUAAAGUUCUUCAAGAUGACAGGAAAAGAUGGUUGGCUUUCUCUUGGAGGAGUACUUCUUGCUAUAACAGGUACUGAAGCUAUGUUUGCUGAUCUUGGCCACUUCACUGCUGCAUCUAUUAGGUUGGCUUUUGUUGGUGCCAUAUAUCCCUGUCUUGUGCUGCAAUACAUGGGGCAGGCUGCAUUUCUUUCCAGAAACAUGUCAGCUGUAGAAGAUAGCUUUUACCAAUCUGUACCAAGAUCCCUGUUUUGGCCAGUGUUUGUCAUUGCAACUCUUGCAGCGGUUGUGGGCAGCCAGUCUAUCAUAUCUGCUACCUUUUCAAUUGUUAAGCAGUGUCUUUCUUUGGGAUGUUUUCCACGGGUUAAGGUCGUGCAUACAUCAAGGUGGAUCCAUGGUCAGAUUUACAUACCUGAGAUUAAUUGGAUUCUGAUGGUUCUUUGUCUUGCUGUGACACUUGGUUUCCGAGACACGACAGUUAUUGGAAAUGCUUACGGUCUUGCGUGUAUCGUUGUGAUGUUUGUUACCACCUGGUUGAUGGCAUUGGUUAUCAUAUUUGUGUGGCAAAAAAACAUCCUGCUCGCCUUGUUAUUUGUCGUGGCGUUUGGGUCAAUCGAAGUGGUGUACCUGUCGGCAGCAGUCACUAAAGUUCCUCAGGGAGGAUGGGCACCAAUCGUAUUUGCCUUCGUGUUCAUGCUCGUCAUGUACGUAUGGCACUACGGCUCUCGGAGGAAGUACCUGUUUGAUCUCCAGAACAAGGUCUCAAUGAAAUGGAUCCUGACACUUGGUCCGAGCCUUGGGAUCGUUCGGGUGCCUGGAAUCGGUCUCAUCUACACAGAGCUGGUCACCGGGGUGCCUUCCAUCUUCUCGCACUUUGUCACCAACCUGCCUGCUUUCCAUCAGGUUCUGGUCUUCGUUUGCGUCAAGUCCGUACCUGUGCCGUUCGUUCCAGAGGACGAACGGUACCUCAUUGGACGGAUCGGCCCCAGGGAAUACCGUAUGUACCGGUGCAUCGUGAGGUAUGGCUACAAAGAUGUGCAGAAAGAUGACGAGAACUUUGAGAACCACUUGGUGAUGAGCAUUGCCAAGUUCAUCCAAAUGGAAGCCGAGGAGGCAGCCUCCUCUGGGAGCUACGAAUCUUCGGAAGGGAGGAUGGCUGUCAUACACACAGAGGACACAACCGGCACCGGUCUGGUGAUGAGGGACUCCAAUAACGAGGCUUCAGGCACGUCCCUGACAAGGAGCAGCAGGUCGGAGACGCUCCGGAGCCUCCAGUCCAUCUACGAGCAGGAGUCCGGUAGUCUCAGCCGGCGUCGCAGAGUCCGUUUUGAGAUUGCGGAGGAGGAGCGGAUCGACCCCCAGGUGCGGGACGAGCUGGCUGAUCUCCUGGACGCCAAGGAGGCCGGCGUGACUUACAUCAUCGGCCACUCCUACGUGAAGGCAAGGAAGAACUCCAACUUCCUCAAGACGUUCGCCAUCGACUACGCUUACUCGUUCCUCCGCAAGAACUGCAGGGGUCCCGCGGUGGCGCUGCACAUACCCCACAUUAGCCUCGUCGAAGUCGGCAUGAUCUACUAUGUCUAAAUCGAUUUUUCUGAUCAUGCUUGCCGUACUACCCAGUAAUACUAGCUUUGUUUUGAGCUGAAUCUUCUGUUGGUCAUCCUCAACUGUGUACGUCAUUUUGUUUGCUCUUUUAUACAUGUAAUGUAGUUGCCGAGUUACCAUGUGAUGUAAAGAUGCUGGCAGAACUAGCUUUAGCUGCUACCAUCUGAACUCCGGGGCUUCGGUGAUCUUGUGAAUACAUCCAGUUCAACUGUUAAAAUGUUCAAUGAUAGCACAUAACAUGGCAAUAAGUCUGAACAUCUUUUGUCCUGGCAUUAUAAGUUUGGAGCA